CGUCCAGAGUGUGGUUCGUGUUUUUUGUUACGAGUAUUCUUGUUUCCCAAUGCAUCGAUUGCUUAUUUUCAAUUCGUGCGCUGUCCUGAAUUCCUAUUAUUUCCAAUUUUACCUUUAAUGAGCAUGUUGCGCAGAUUUGUUACUCAGCGAGCUCGCUUGGGGUCGAACAUCCCUUUUGUGUGCCGCAGCCUUCAUACCAACGUGAUCGAUACCCUACGAGAGAGGCACUUCGUCAGUGCUGUGACAAGCGAGGACAUAGCAAAGCGGGUAAGCGAAUCGUCAGUGGCAGUCUACUGCGGUGUUGACCCGACGGCGUCCAGUCUGCACCUGGGAAACAUGGUCACACUGAUGGGGCUGCUUCACUUCCAUCUUGCCGGUCACCAGGCAAUUCCGCUGGUUGGGAAUGCUACUGGCAUGAUUGGGGAUCCCAGCGGGCGUAAUACAGAGCGUGUGGCUCUGGGACAGGAUACGCUGGCGAAAAACAUUGCUGGAAUUGAGGCACAGCUCGAGCGGUUCUUCGUACGGGGGACAACCUAUGCGUCGAAGCGCCUCGUUGGCCUUGACUCUGCGAAUCUGAAAGAGGUGCAUGUGCUUCACAAUGCAGAUUGGUACAAGGACAUGAACAUACUGUCAUUCCUGGGUCAAAUCGGCAGAUACGCCAGAGUGGGCACAAUGAUAGCCAGGGACAGUGUAAAGUCUCGACUACAAUCUGAGCAGGGGAUCAGUUUUACCGAGUUUUCGUAUCAAUUGCUUCAGGCGUAUGACUUUUGGUACUUGUAUCAUCACCACGGCUGCCGGAUCCAACUGGGCGGAAGCGACCAAUGGGGCAAUAUCACGGCCGGUACAGAUUUGAUACACCGCAUGCCCUUUGGCCAGGACAAGAACGACACGGGCGUCAUAACUCCGCGUGGGCGCGAUUCGGCCGACGAUGCCUACGGCCUGACGAUACCUCUUUUAACGACCGCGUCAGGAGAGAAGUUUGGCAAAUCUGCUGGCAACGCAAUCUGGCUGGACGAGUCCAAAACGUCAGCAUUCGACAUUUAUCAGUUCUUUGUCAAAACGGCCGACACUGACGUCGAGAAGUUCCUAAAGCUGUUCACGCUGCUUCCCAUUUCAGAAAUCAGCCGGGUGAUGGCUGAACACCAGCUCUCUCCAGAAGGCUUUGCUGCCCAGCGGUUACUGGCCACCGAAGUUACUGAGCUCAUCCACGGUGAAUCGGGAGUGAAUAAGGCACUCUGUGCCACAGAGGUUUUAUUCGGCAACCAACUGGACUCCAUUCAAAAGUAUUCGCAAGGUGACUUUGCAGAAGCAUUUGCACACGACCAACGGAUGGUCUCGGUGUCCAAGAAUGAAGUAACCGGCAAGUCGUUGGGUGAGAUCGCUGUUUUGGUCGGUUCAUGCAAGUCAAAGUCAGAAGCUACACGGUUGGCGCGCGGCGGGGGGCUGUACUGGAAUAACCAGCCGGUGGACGACAGCAAGUGGGUACCGAGGGUGAGUGCUGGAGAUUAUAUUGGCCAGGGCACUAUUGGCAUUAUCAGAACCGGGAAGACAAACUACCGACUGUUGAGAAUAUUGUAGCUUUUCAUUUGUCGAAUAUUGAGGCGAAUAUGAACGAAAGUAACACAA